CUCUUCUCCUGGGCACGCAGCGGAACUGGAUGGAAGAUCCUCGGCGGCAUUUGGGCCUUAUCUUAUCUUAUCGUCCAUCAGCUCAGCUCCAGUCUCCCGUAGAACGGCUUACCUGACCACUCGAGGUAGCAAACGGCCUAGAGAGCGGCUGGAGACCGACUUUCUUCACCCAUACACGAACAGCUUGGAUAUCCCGAUAGCGGCUCAGUCUGGUUGUCAUCAUUCGCAUCCUGCCCCCUACAGCCACGCCGCCCUACGAAGCCUGCGCCGCCCCGCGUGGCACCCCGCCAUCACAAUGUUGAAGAUCUGGUCGAUGAAAAAGGAGCAGAAGGAUGCCGAAAACGCCGAAGGUCAUGCCAGCGGGGGCAAGAAGAAGAAGAUCACAGCCGCUCAACUGCGCGUGCAAAAAGAUCUCUCGGAGCUGUCUCUCGGUGAUACCAUGAAGACCGACUUUCCCGACCCCGACGAUAUUCUCAACUUUGUCCUCAUGAUCGAGCCGGACGAGGGAAUGUACAAAGGCGGGCGCUUCACAUUCGACUUCAACAUCAACCAGAACUUCCCCCACGACCCGCCCAAAGUGCGAUGCCGCGAGAAGAUCUACCACCCCAACAUCGACCUGGAGGGCAAGGUGUGCCUGAACAUUCUGCGCGAAGACUGGAAGCCCGUCCUGAACCUGAACGCGGUCAUUGUGGGCAUGCAGUUCCUCUUCCUAGAACCGAAUGCUUCCGAUCCGCUGAACAAGGAAGCGGCCGAGGACUUGAGAAAUAACAGGGACGGGUUCCGACGGAACGUGAGGAGUGCCAUGGCCGGUAGUUCCGUCAAGGGCAUCGCAUACGAUCGGGUCUUGUCCUAAAAUUUGUAUGCGAGGGGGAGGAGAGAAGCGUAGAUCAUACUUGGGAGUUAACGACUUCGCCAGCUCGCGUCCAUGGACGUACAGAACUGGGAGGGCUUUACGAGCACAC